AUGGUGCAUCGAGUCGGGCCACUUGAGCAACCAAGGAAGCCUGAAAGUGUGUCAAUAUUCACUCUUACCAAGCGGAAGCUCGUUGUCUCUUGGCAUCGAAGUCAUAUCGGACACCGAAGUCAAUAUUCCAUCGAGCGUCUUCUCGCCUUUCGAGACUAUCACCAACGUAUUUCGAUCACUCGAGUUAUCUGUGUAUGUGUCCUAACACCAGUUCCUGCCUUGUUAACCGCGUUCUCGCUUGACUGCAUCCCUCUCAAGCCUCCAGAGGACGGUUGGCAAGCUAACUAUGCAGUCUGGAUUCGCUUGUUCCUCGGAUUAUUUUCCGCAACUGUGGGCGUUGCCUUCCAAGUGAGAGCUGUCAUCCAGCCCGAUACGCUGUCAAUGACUGGCGUUGCUGCAAUCGCACUGGGGACUGCAAUGUGCAGCGUCUCGACUUUGCUAGGACUUGCAGUGAUAUGGAGGUUCCCAACUCCUUUCGGCUAUAUCCUCAACAUUGUACCGUACGUCCUAUUUCUCUCGACAUUCACGAUUUUGGUCAUCGGUCCCCGAGUUCUACAGCGUUCACCGGUGCUACGAGAGCAGAUCAAUUCGCAGUUAUUGAUUAUUGUGAGCCAGGGAGGCGUCGUUGGGUGCUUUACGAUCUUCAGCGCUGUGUUUAAUCUGUUAUCAGGGACCCAGCAGACAAUAUUCAUUUUGGUGAUCCCCUUGAUCAAGUUUGUAACCAAGCAGAAUAUUGCCAACGUAGCAGAAAGUUAUCAUGAAUAUGUCGGUCCGGUUGUGGUGUUCUCGGUGGAUCUCUUCAACGUUUUUUACGCUUCCAUUUGUAUGCAAGCGUCCAAAUCGAUCAUGACUACAGUCAUCAUCAUGGCGGCAGAUAGUUUCCAUCUCAUGCUUGCGUUACAAGCCAUUUUUCAUCAAACUCGCAACACCGCAACACUACCCAAGCCCAAAUCACAGAGUUUUAUUCAAGAAUUACUAUCGCUGAUGGAGAAAGACGUGGAGGUUCAUCCUUGUGGUCGCCGAGCUCGAUUACUUGCACCGUUUCCACUUCCACUUUCGGACGAGAGUAGACAGGUUGUCAUGAGAUUUACAAGAACGGGCACUUUUACUAACGACACAGUUAUCAACCGUCGGCGUUCUACUAAAAGGAAUCCAGCAGGAACAGACAACUCUACAAACACAGCGACACAAAAUAACCAAACAGCUCCAUCAAGCGCAAUGGUUCCAUUGGGACCUUUAGCCUCCAAUACCCAAGACAAUAAUGAUACAACCAAAGCUACUAGUCGCGAUAUUAUCGUCGAUGGCCUUCACACGCUCUUCCACUCCGAGUAUAUCCUCCUGGCGGAGUACAUCGAGUUUAUCAUUCCGAUGCUCUACGCGCCGUAUCUCGUUGCAUUAUUUCACUUACCGAUCGCAGCUUACUACCCAAGUACAGCGUCAAUGACACUGCACAAACUGAAGCAUACUGUGACGAGUUUCUUGAUUUAUGGCACGAUCGAAUUUGCAGCGUUUGUGGCUUUGGUCGUGAUUUUGAAGCGAAAAUUCGGGUUCUCACCGUUGUACCAACUCGCGUUUGUACUCGAGACGCACAUGUUUGCAGUGCAAGGACACUUGUUUGUGUGGACUAUCACUAUUCUGCAUCUAACACUUGCGCAUUACGGUUUGUAG